UUUAAAAUAAUUUAUAGUCUACUAAUUAAAUUUCAGGAUUUUGUAGUGCAAUUUGGCAACCUGUCUGGUACCUGAUGGUGGAAAACGUCAUAAGCAGUUUACUUAGGAUGGUUUUGGAAUACUUGGGCCUGCCAUCUCAUCAUAAUCAAUUGGUUUAUGGAAAUUUUAAAUGUAAUGAUGAUAAGAAAAGAAGACGUCGAAGAAGUUUGGUUCGGGUAAUUGGCAGUAAUCUUCCAUUGAAGCCAUGCAAGAGAGUUUGUUUCCAGACAUUACAAAAAAGUAGUUACAAUCUGAGAAGGGGAAGAAAGCCAACCUUUAUUGAUGAUGAAUGCGAACCCCUUCCCAUGGCAACACUGGCUGAUGUGUCAUGGAUUGAAGUCUCAAGUCCAGACAGACAUACCAGAUCAAGAACGGAAUACAGAGGUUCAUAUAAAUGGAAAGAUAGACGAUGCAGGCCAGUACAGCUGGUUCAGCCAGUAUUGAAAAAGACAACUGUAGAGUCUGUUGAAAAUCCAGCUAAGCAGAUGAAGAUAACAGAUACGCCUAAGGUAGCUACCCCAGAUCAUGCCUCCUUGAUGAAGAUUGAUGCCCUGGAAGAGGAGCUGGCAAAACUGCGAGCACAGAUUGCUCAGAUUGUCACCACACAACAAUCAUGUUCAGCAAUACAGAGCCCAACUAUACCACCACCUCCCCCUCCAUUUGGAGUACCACCACCACCUCCUCCACCACCAUGUGGGGUACCUCCUCCGCCACCACCCCCUCCACCUGCUGUUGUGCAAGCCAAGCAAUACAAUAUCAAGGAUCAGAUCAGAAAGAAUAAGGCUCUCAAGGGUCAGGAUGACCACUCAUCAAAAGAUACAAAAUCCUCAACUUCUUUGGAUGAAAUUAUUAGAAAUCCACAUCCUAACUCAAGUGUAAAAGAGACUAUUAAAAUGCAAAGAAUUCUCAUUAGACUUUCAAUAUAUAAUUUGCAUUUUUUUUGUAGAUCCCCAGGCGGAACUCCUGUUCGACAAGCACCGAAGCCAGCCAAUGCUAUGGAUGCAGCUGCCCUCAUUGCCCAGGCUCUGAAGAAAAAAUUUGCUCAUCAACUGGUGGCCAUAGCUAGUCCUGAUAAGGAAAAUAAUCACAAGAUAAUUACCCCAUCCCCUAAACGUAGUCCUAAGAUCGGACCUCAUAUGCUGAAACCUUCUCAGAGACGCCAAUCAUUAACACGGAAGAAGCCCCGUCCACUAACACCUCUCAAUGUUUAAUGAUGCUUAAUCACCGGCUAUCCAGAAACACUAAUCAUUUAUAUUAAAAAAACCUGUUUAGUAGCAGAAAUCAAGGUCAAUGAUUGGUUGACACAACAAAAUAAAUAACUAUUUUAUCUAUUAAGGCUAAGAAAAAAAUAACAUGUUAUACAGUUGCCAUCAGACAUAUGUUAAUACUGCCCUCUAUGGGCUUCUUUUAUAACCUGGUUGGAUAACUCUACCAAAUUCACAAAAGUCACAAUGCAAUUCGUAAAAUUUGGAGGAAUAUUAAUUUACAUGUUGAAUAUUUUUUUUUGUAGACACAAAUUGCAGUUGUUUAUUUCAAUUUUAUAGCUAAUGUACAAUAUUUCAAUAUUUUCAUAUCACAUAAUUAUAUUGAGCCAAGAAUACAAUCCCUUGUUAGAGGAAUCUGCUGCCCAAAUAAUUUUUUUUAAACUUUUUUAUGCCAGCCACUACCAUGAAAUUUAAUUAAUUUUUAUUUCUUCGUUAUCAAUCUGCUUUAACUGUGAUACUUUUUUACAGCACAUUUUAUCCACAAAAAAAUAGUUACAGUAUUUCUGGCCUUCUGACAAUCUUUCAAAACUAAAGUUUGCUAUAUAAAUGUAUAAGCAAAUCUGGUCUUAACAAAAUUGUAAGAUAUAUAAAAAUAUUUCAAUUUUUUUCUCUUUUUUGUAGAUGAGUUGGUAAAAAAUCGUUUGUAAAAUGUGUAGAAAUAUAUUAAAUACGAUGAAAAAUAA